AUCGAGUGCGCAGACUCACUCAUGUUGUUUACUUUUUUUGCCUUUUGUCAAAUUGAUUUGUUUUCAUUUCUCUUUUGGUUGAUUAUGAUGGGCAAACAAUUAAGUAUCAUAAUUUAUCAACUUGAACAAUACAAAUGGAGCCAUCGAAUCAAGAUUUCUCCAGUUAUUAUCUCAACUUGAAUAAAAUUCCAAUCGGACAAUCAACACUUAUGAGUAGAUUUACGGAAACAACAUCAUCAGCACCAAUUCUACCACAACAACAACACCACCAACAAUCAUCAUCUUCAUCAUCAUCAUCUCGACAACAACAACAACCACAACUGUCAUCAGUUACUCCUCCGAUUCAACAAUCACCAUCAACUUGUACUGGCGGUUCAACAUCAACAAAUGUUAAUAGUAAGAAAAGAAAACGAGGUAAAAAGUCAACGCGUGUUGAUCUUAAUGCCAAAUUAGAGAGAAGUCGUCAAAGUGCUCGUGAAUGUCGAGCGAGGAAAAAAUUACGAUACCAAUACCUGGAAGAUUUGGUUAAUAAAAGAGAAAAAGCAGUUUUUUCUCUUCGAAAAGAACUUGACACGUACAAAGAUUGGUGUAAACAAGUAGACGAUGGAGCUAAUCCAAAAGAGGCUCUUGUCGCACUUCAUUUGGACAAACAAACGGAUUUUCUUAAACCUACAUAACUAUUUUAAUUGUUAAUAUGGUUGAUUGUUGUUAAAAAGAAUCAAAUAAAUCUAAAUUAUUGAUUUGCUUAA